AGGGGAAACAGAAAGGGCACUUCACCCAGUAAGAGCGUCAACAAACUGAAAUGUGUGUAAGAGGCCAAGAGGGCCAGAGGCUGGCGUGACUUCACUUUCACGAGGGCGAAUGGACAGAGAGGCAUGGGGCAGCACCGAGCCUGAAAGCCAGGGCUGGGCCAUCAGCAUAGCCAGCUGCGGAACGCCGAGCACAUGUACACAUCUGAUACGAGGUGAGCCAGCGGCUCCCGCAUCCGUCUCAUUACUCACCGAGGAGUGGGAAACAUCUAAGAUGGUGAGACUCCAGUUAGCCUGGAAUAAAUGAUUAACAGUUGCUAUUUGAAAAUGUGGUUAAGUGCAGCUUUGGCCAGCGGGCAUCCUCAUUUUGAGUUUGCCCAAUGGUUAAGAAGUGAAGAAGUGAAAGUGAAGUUGCUCAGUCGUGUCUGAGAGUUUGCGACCGCAUGGACUGUAGUCUCCCAGGCUCCUCUGUCCGUGGGAUAUUCCAGGCAAGAAUACUGGAAUGGGUUAAGGCACAAGGGCAUAUUUAAAUUCUCUAAGCUUCUCUCUGGUCACUUCUUUGAAUACACAGUAAAACAAGAGAGAAAAAAAAAUCAGUGUAUUGAAAAAGCAAGCACCUCUACCAGAGUACAUGUUUGAUAUGCAAAGAUUUUAAGUACUUUCACAGGCAUUCUGCACAAGGAAACGAUGUUACAUCACACUGGGAAUCAGUAAAAGUAAAUAUUAAAGUUAAGUGAACAGUACCUGCAAAAACUCAUUUAGAAGAGGAUGGCCAUUUUGGAAGACAAAAAACAUUCUUAUUAAGAAUUGCAACAAACAAGGUGUUUCAGGAUGACUUUAUUACAUCAAAUGGUACAUUUCGCUUUAUUUGCCUCUGUUGCUGGUGAGUGUGUGACCACGCUGUUCCAAGAUGCCUACUUUAAAGGAGGAGACAUCACUGUGGCUUUCACGCCAAAUGCCAAGCACUGCCAAAUCAUCUGCACCCACCAUCCAAGGUGCUUGCUCUUCACUUUUAUGACUGAAUCAUCAUCAGAAGAUCCUACCAAGUGGUAUACGUGCAUCCUGAAAGACAGUGUUACAGAAACACUGCCAAUGGUGAAUAUGACAGGAGCAAUUUCUGGAUACUCUUCCAAGCAAUGCUUGCACCAAAUAAGUGCUUGCAGCAAAGACGUGUAUGUGGACCUAAACAUGAAGGGGAUGAACUAUAACAGCUCCCUUGCCCAGAGUGCUCAGGAAUGCCAACAGAGGUGUACAGAUGACACACACUGCCAUUUUUUUACAUUCGCCACAAGGCACUUUCCAAGCCUAAAGGAUCGUAACACUUGUCUGUUGAAGAACACCCAAACAGGGACACCAACCAGCAUAACGAAGCUCCACGAAGUGGUAUCUGGAUUUUCUUUGAAGUCCUGUGGCCUUUCUAACCUGGCUUGUAUCAGGGACGUUUUCCCCAGAACGGCGUUUGUGGACAUCACCAUCGACACUGUCGUGGCCCCAGAUCCCUUUGUCUGUCGCAGCGUCUGUACUCACCAUCCCAGUUGUCUGUUUUUUACCUUCUUGUCUGAAGAAUGGCCAACAGCAUCUGAAAGAAAUCUGUGUCUCCUUAAAACAUCUUCAAGUGGAUUGCCAAGCGCACGCUUUAGAAAGAACAGAGCUUUUUCUGGUUUUAGUCUACAACACUGCCAGCACAGUGUCCCAGUGUUCUGCCAUUCUUCAUUCUAUCGCAACACUGAUUUCUUGGGAGAAGAACUGGACAUCAUAGACGCGGACAGCCAUGAAGCCUGCCAGAAAACAUGUACCAACAGCAUCCGCUGCCAGUUCUUUACCUAUUCUCCAUCUCAAGAAUCAUGCAACGGAGGGAAGGGUAAAUGCUACUUAAAACUUUCUGCAAAUGGAUCUCCAACUAAAAUACUUCAUGGGACAGGGAGCAUCUCUGGAUACACGUUAAGGUUAUGUAAAAUGGAUAAUGUGUGUACAACCAAAAUCAAGACCAGAAUUGUAGGAGGAACCCGGUCUGUUCACGGAGAGUGGCCGUGGCAGAUAACUCUGCACGUGACAUCACCCACCCAGAGACACCUGUGUGGAGGCGCCAUCAUCGGAAACCAGUGGAUAUUAACAGCUGCUCACUGUUUCAACGAGGUCGAGUCACCUAAAGUGUUGCGUGUCUAUAGCAGCAUUUUGAAUCAAUCAGAAAUAAAAGAGGAUACAUCUUUCUUUGGGGUUCAAGAAAUAAUAAUUCAUGAUCAAUAUGAAAAGGCAGAAAGUGGAUAUGACAUUGCCUUGUUGAAACUAGAAACGGCAAUGAAUUACACAGAUUCUCAAUGGCCCAUAUGCCUACCUUCCAAAGGAGAUAGAAAUGUGAUGUAUACUGAAUGCUGGGUGACCGGAUGGGGAUACAGAAAAUUAAGAGACAAAAUACAGAAUACUCUCCAGAAAGCCAAGGUACCCUUGAUGACAAAUGAAGAAUGCCAGGCAGGUUACAGAGAGCACAGAAUAACCAGUAAGAUGGUCUGUGCAGGCUACAGAGAAGGCGGGAAGGACGCCUGUAAGGGGGAUUCGGGGGGGCCCCUGUCCUGUAAACACAACGAGGUGUGGCACCUGGUAGGCAUCACGAGUUGGGGUGAAGGCUGCGGCCAAAGGGAGCGGCCAGGUGUUUACACCAACGUGGUCGAGUACGUGGACUGGAUCCUGGAGAAAACGCAAGGCCCUUGAAAGGGUCCUCAGAGACCACUGGACUUCCUGAAGGGUAAAUCAGAUCAUUCCCUGAAAAAGGUUUGGAUUUCACUGAAGAAGACACUGCACCUUCAUUUUCCUCCACAGGCUACAAUUCUGAGCCUGUAACAGACUGGAGGGGUUGGGUAUUGUCAUGCUCCCUAAGCUCCCAGGGUUCCGUGAUGAUCCGAGUCUGACUUCAGUAUCCAGGCUCUGUUUUGUUGGCUAUACCUCUCCUAAACCAAGGAUAUACAAUCAAGAUUAAGAUAUUUAAAGAUGAAAGCAUAGCCAGAUAGACCAGAAAAGAAUCAAGUGGCGGCACCAAAGGAUCAGGUAGAACUGCUCAAAGAAACCACUGUAAAAAGGUGUGGUGAAUGAAACAUGGGAAGCGGAGAAAAUAGGAACGGGGACAGUCAGCAUCGAAUCGCAAGAUUCUGUGCUCUGCGUACAGGGAACUCUUUUGGGAAGAAAGAACUUAACUGAAUUUGAUGGCAGGUUUCAGAAUAAUUAAGAAUUCUUAUUGUUAAUUUUUAAAUGGGUUUGGGUAGAGACAAGCUAUGAAUAAGUGAGUGUGAAUGUGGACUCCACAAUUUCUGUAAAGGAAAGGAUUAAAAGCAGUUAUCCACCUGGAAGUGGGUCCUCUGUACAUGGAUUUCAUAUGCAUUUGGCAUAGUUUUGGGUACAGGAGGGCUGGUGAAGAUGAAGGGGGUAAGCUAAAGACUAAGACAACCUGCCUCUGUGAGUGUGGGUUCACAAAUCUACAUUUAUAGACGAUAAAUGUAUUGAACAGAAAUCAAUGUAACAUACACCAAUCGUACAGGUGAAAAUUAUUUGGGAACACAUGGAUGGGUACAGCAGUGUCUUCAGCAUUUUCAAGGCACCACCUGUAUUCUCAGUACUGGGAUGUUCCCUGUGAUGCAAAUAUUUACAUGGGUAUUGUUUUAGAUAUGGUCUAAUAAUAUAAAUUUUGCACUAUCUCCACCCGUUUUCAAUCCAUACCAACAACUUGUGUCAAGAUUCUAUCUAAUAUGCACAGUACUGAUUGAACAGACUGAACUGGGGGGAAUGCGGUGGUGAGCCAGUCAAUAUAUCUCUACCUUCUUGAAGCUUCCAGUCUGGUUAGCAAGAGCCACAAAAGGAAAGUAAUUACACGUGUAUAAAAUACAGAGUUUUAAAUGGAAAUGAGGAGGCAGCAUAGGGUUCUACGAGAAGGGAAGGGAAAAGACAAUUUGGAGCAGGUUCAAAGAUUGGGAUAAAAAGGAAUUUUCCGAGGAAGACACAGUAAAAGCAAAAGCAAAAAAAAAAAAAAAAAAAAAAAAAAAGAAA